AUGGGGGAAGAGGAGUUUCUCGAGGCGUUCAAGCGCCAUGUGCUGAGGGACUCAGUCCCAAGUCCCUUUGUCUCUACCCUCUCCUCCCUACUCACACCAAUCCACCGUGCUCUCCAUCGUCAAGACGGGGCAUCAGUGGCCGUUAUUGAUAGCUCUAAACUGUCAGUGGAAAAGAAGCUUUACAAAGCCGUGCGCCUAGUCGAGUUGACAAACACCUCCCUAAAGAACUGGAAGGGAUAUGGUGAGUAUGAGGUUUGGGAAGAAACAAAUCCCUCCUCAAUCGUUUGCUCGUUUAGCAUAACCAGUCUCAUGGAAACUGGUGAAAGAGAUGCAGACAUUGGUCGGUUCCUGCAGAUUCCAAUGAUUCGCAGCAAACGGUACUGUACCCGCUUCCUGCGUAGCAAGCUCGCUCAGAACAUCAAAUCAUACAAGUGA